CGAUUCAUAGUUUAAAGAGGUUUAUUGUAAUUUAUCGAAAAAUAAAUGGCCAAAUGUAAUUUGACGAAAGAAAUUGUUGCAAUGGGACUCCCUCUUCGUUUGGAACCUCCCUCCGAUCUACUUCUCUCUCUCUCUCUCUCUCUCUCUCCAUACAUAUACACCCAAAUCGAAGAUGUAUAUCAUCCCUCUCGAAUCUGGUCCCUGUCCUUCUUCCGAGCGGAUCAUCUAUCUCAAACUCACCGAUCGCCUCUUGCUCGUUGUCGCUCCUUCUCAUUUGGAGCUCUGGAGCUCUUCCCAGCACAAGGUGAAACUGGGGUAGUACAAGAGAGAUUCGGACUCGAUUCAGAGAGGAGGAGAGAAUAUACAGGCCAUUUGGAGUCUGUAUGCCAAAUUGAUUGCUGUUCUUGUAGGCGGUUAAGCUUUCAGACAAGUUAUCACAUGGGCAGUUUCUCUGUAUUCAUGAGAUGACAGUACAGGCUUUUAAAUGCGUUCUGCGGGCAGUGGUAGCUGCUACAUUAGAUCUGAUGCUUGGAGAGCCUGAAAACGAGCCAAUUAAAUCAAUCCUGUAAAAAGUUUAGUCUCUCGUCUGGAGUCAGCUGGACAUAGUUUUAAAGAAGAGAUAUGAAUGGAAUCUCUGCAGCUUAAAAAAAAAAAAAGAAAGCGAGGAAAUUUGCAAUUCUCUCUGGCUUA